AAUUUGUCACCAAAGGAUAUGUAUCAAAGAUUUAUCGAGGCACAUAUACGAUUUACCUCCCGUUGUUCAUACAUGAGGGAAAACACAUAGCGGCAUCUUAUUAGGCAACAUGGAUUGUGCUCGGCAAUGGCUAUUCUAAAUUCCAUCUUUCAGCAAUGGAACAUUUCCGCAUCAUCUGAUUGGAAUAUAAGUGGGGAACUGUGUAGCGGGUCUGCUCUCACGGGAAUGGGCGGAUUGUACCUUGGGAUCGAAUGCCAAUGCACUUUCAACAAUGGAUCCAUCUGUCGCAUAACGAAACUGAAAGUCGAUAGUCAGAUUUCAAGAGGUCACAUUAUUCCGGAAGCCUUUGGGAAACUGACUCAUCUCACAGUUCUGUAUGGGUUGCUCUACUCUAGUUUGUGAUUUCCACAAAGAGAACAAUUUUGAAACGCUGGCAGAGUCUGAUGGAUGAUGCACGGGCAAUUGGAAAUUCAAUAAAGUUAUGUUUAUUUUAUUCAAUAAAGUUAGAAUGGUGGACAUUUAUUGGACAGUUAAAAAUGAAAAUAUCCAAUGGUCUUAUUUCAAUAAACAAGUGUCCAUAAAUAAGAUGUUAGGAUUGUUCAACCAAUCUGAUUUUUGGUCGGGUUAGUUUGAGUUGAUAUGUCACUACCAUUUCUAAGUGCCUAUGUAUCAAACGUCAUAUGAAGCGAGGAUAUCGAAUAAACUCCACUUCCACAAAA